AUGAAAUCAGCAAUGGAGCGUGCUGCUUCCAGAGGUAAAUACCAAACUGCUGGGCGUGAUUUGGGAGGGGAAUUUCCAAUACACGAUGUUGAGAGAAAUGAGGGGGGAUUGCUGAAAGUUCGAAUUGAUGGAAUUCAAAUACAAUUUGUCAAUUCUCAAGAAUUAAUAGAACUUUCUAACAUAAAGAAAUGCAAUACGCUUGGUGGGAACAUGUUUGUAAUUGAAGAAUAUGACAGAAAGCGUGGUCGACUAAUCCAAAGACGCUAUAUUUCCACAGCGGCUGAUCAAAUAUGCUAUUCAGUGCUUUGUAUAUUCUCCUUCACAGCUGCACAAAAAGGGGGAGAUAAAAAUAAUAACAAAAAUACUAACCAAAAGCAUUGCAAACCAACAACUACUAGUACAAAUACAAAUAGUUUACUGCCUUCUAAUAGAAGGGAUUAUUGCAAAACCGGUGGAAUUUUAAGUUAA